AUGUGAUCAAAGUGACCAUCACUCGCUAGUAUUAAGAUGGCCUCUAUACUCUCCACCAUCAUUUUCGUACUUCUUUUCAUAAUAUUUUCACUUUUUGUUGAUGCUCAUAUGGAACACCUUAAACUAAGUGGAGCAAAAGAGACAAUGACCAUGAGGAGGAACUUAGAAGGAAAUUCGGGCUCCAAAAUUACAGCUUCACCGAGCAGGUCGCACCAGAGUGGACAAAAAAACACUCAAAAUGAGCCGUCAAAAACCCAACCUGAUCAAGCAUCAGCAAUUAUUACAGGCUAUGGCGCUCAAAUCGAGACACCCACUCCGACCAUGGUUUCCGACGCCGGCAGCUCGAAAUUUCUUGUCCUUUUGGGAUUCAUGAGUUCUUCCGCCGUCGCUCUGUCCGUAAGAUGUUGCAGCUGCCGUCUCCGUAUCCUCUGGGUCCUGCUUCUCAUUUGUAGCCCUCCUCCAUCUCUUAUGACUGCACUGAUAUCAGAUCUGGCUCAGAUUUGUUCUUCACAUAAACUCCAUUGGCCAGAUUUGAAGAUUCUGCGACGAGCGCCACCUUCGUCGUCCUCUUGGGCGAUGACCUUUUUCCCUUUAGGGAUGAUCUAUUCUAACUGGAUUUGGUGUGAGCGAGAGCUCCAUACAAUUGCUCUUCAUCUGCCGCUUGACAGAUCUGUGAAGCUCUACGACUCAGAACACCACUUCCUUUUCAAUCCGGUGAGGAGCCCCCCGCUAGAAGAUACACUUACCAGUCUCUGCUCACCGCAAACAUUGUUCACAUAUGCCCUUUCUGGUAUUUGCUCUCUCAUGUCCAGCUUGUUAGAUUUUGAUGAUCAGCGGGUCUGUUUAGGUUCCAUGACAACUCUCUGGAUCCGACGCGGUAACGUUGGAGUCCGAAGUUUCUGUUUGAACCCAACUCCUGGUUACUCAGCAAAUCUAGCCAAGCUCAUAUUUCAGGAGUUUGUUAUAAGGGCUAACAGAUAUUCAUUGCUGGAUUUAACACAUUGGUGUUUACCCGUCACUGCCGUAUGCGCCUAG